ACAAGAUUGCUGUUUUAGUAAACUUUUUCAAAUGAAUACUGGAAAAUGAUGGGGCAGCCAUACAUAGACAAACCAGAAAAAGUUUCUGCUUACGCCCGUUCUGUCAUGAGAAUCCCUAAACGACAGUCAGUCUAAACAAAACAGAAACCAUUGAUAAGCUAUAUCUCAAGGUCAAAGAAUCUAUUCACAUCUGAUACUGGCAGGCAUUUACAGGAGUUUUCUUUCAUCAGAAGUUUCAGACGUCCUAUACCCAUGAAUCAAUCUACUCUGCUGAUAUUCGUUCUCCGUUCGUUCUUCUUCCAUGUAAAAGCUGAAACUGCAGUAAAACCUACCACUGAUUCAGUUCUCCAUCCACUCCAUCCAAGCCUUGCAUUAGUUAUAGGAGUCCUUGCAGUCGCAUUCUCUUUAACUCUUCUCAUCAUUGCCUAUGCAAGAUUUUGUCAUACACCCAACUUAGGCACCCGUAACCAAAACAUUCAAGGACUAAUUCGAUCAAGGUCUCAGUUUUCUGGGAUCGAUAGGACGGUGAUCGAAUCAAUCCCAUUUUUCAGGUUUUCUUCACUCAAGGGAUCGAAAGAAGGCCUAGAGUGCGCGGUCUGCAUAUCAAGAUUCGAAGACAGUGAAGUUCUUCGCUUGCUGCCAAAGUGCAGGCACGCGUUCCAUAUCAACUGCAUUGAUCAAUGGCUAGCAAGUCAUUCUAGUUGUCCUCUUUGUAGGUACAAAUUCGACGGAAAAGACCUCAAGAGCUUCACAUAUUCAAACAGUUUGAGGUACUCGAAUUUCUAUAACCCUUCGAAUCUAGCUGAAGAUCCCAACAUUGAGCUGUUUGUGCAUAGAGAACAAGACCAUCAAGGCUCAUCAAGAUCUAACAUCAACAGCUUGAUAAGCGAAGAGAAAGGAAAGAAGGAAGAGACUCUCAUUCAAGCUGAUGGCGAUGGGGAUCGUAGACUGCUGCUGCACAAAUUCAAGCACAAGAUCAUAGUCUCGGACGUCGUGAUCAAGAACAGAUGGAGUGAUGUUAGUUCUUCUGACUUGCUCUUCUUGAACUCUGAAAUGCUUAACAUUAUGUCAAGCAAUAGGUUCUCUAAACAUAAUGGCUUCUCCAUUGAUGACAGUAUGGACAAGAUUAAGGAAGAUAUAGAGAGGAAGAGAUUAUAUGAGUCCAAGUUAAGUAGAAUUGAUAGAAGUCUCACAAUUUCAGCUUCAAAUCUCCCUUCCACUUCCUUCAGUGACACAAACUCAUUGAAACUGUUCGAUCCUGUCCAGAAGAGAUCGCAGUCUGAGAUCACAAACUUUUCAAGAUUCAAACAGUUGAGUGUCAAGAACAGAAACAGUACAGAAUCAUCAUCACCUGGGACAUUAGACAAUGGAAAGGAAGAGAGAAUUAGGAGUCUUUGGUUGCCAAUUGCGCGACGAACAGUUCAGUGGUUCGCUGGUCGAGAAAGAAGCUUAGAAGAAUCAGAUUGCAGAAAGCAACCUUCAAAUGUUUGAUUUUGAUGUUAACACAGAAAUUUUUGCCAUUAGUUUUAACAUAUUUCCAAAGCUUUAUACUUCAUU